UUCCCUUCCUCGCACAGUUCCGCCCUCCCCCCCGUCCCCGUGCGUGCUCCGCCUCCUCUGCUCCGCGCGCGGCUCACGCCAAUGCUGUGCCGCCUCCGGUCGAACCUGCCCCCCGCGCUGCUCCUUUGACCUCCCGUAAAAAAAGCCUCCAGGGCUCCAGAUAUAUCCCACCUAAUCCCCCCCGUCCCACCCCGUCCCCGUCCCCUGCCGGUUUCUGCACAGUCCGAGAAUUCAAGAACGUCCCGGCAGCGCCAACUCCCAACUCCCCGCAAGGCACAGGGCAGUGCACUCCGGAGCGCGGACAAACAGGGCCGAUCGAGCGGUGGAGGACGAGAGGAGAGGAGAGGGGCCCGGAUGAAGAGCUCCCCUUCCAUGGACCCUGAGGCCGCGGCCGCCCGGGGCACCCCGCCGGAGAACACGGAGGGGAGGCGGGGAGAGGGGAAGAAGAGGCUGCCGUGGCGGAUGACCCUGAGCCUGGCGUACCAGAGCCUCGGGGUGGUGUACGGCGACCUGAGCACGUCGCCGCUCUACGUCUACAAGGCGGCGUUCGCGGACGACAUCCAGCACUCGGAGACCAACGAGGAGAUCCUCGGCGUGCUCUCCUUCGUCUUCUGGACGCUCACCCUCGUGCCGCUCCUCAAGUACGUCUGCGUCGUGCUCCGCGCCGACGACAACGGCGAGGGCGGCACCUUCGCGCUCUACUCCCUCCUCUGCCGCCACGCCCGCGCCGCGCUCCUCCCGCCGGGCCGCGGCGCCGAGCCCGGGGACGAGGACCAGUUCUCCGACGCCGCCGGCGCCACCGCCAAGAAGUACCUCGAGUACGACAAUGCCGACGCGCUGGGCGGGCGUGGCGGGGGCGCCGCCGCCAGCGUCAGGCGGGUGCUGGAGCGCCACAAGGUGCUGCAGCGGGUCCUGCUCGUGCUGGCGCUCGUCGGCACCUGCAUGGUCAUCGGCGACGGCGUCCUCACGCCGGCCAUCUCCGUUUUCUCCGCGGUGUCCGGGCUGGAGCUGUCCAUGGAGAAGGGGCAUCACAAAUAUGUGGAGUUGCCUCUUGCUUGCUUCAUACUGGUGUGCCUGUUUGCGCUGCAACACUAUGGCACCCACCGGGUGGGAUUCAUUUUCGCCCCGAUCGUGAUCGCAUGGCUUCUAUGCAUAAGCAUGAUUGGUGUUUACAAUAUUGUGAAAUGGGAGCCUCAGGUGUAUCAAGCGUUAUCCCCGUAUUACAUGUACAAGUUCUUGAAGAAAACACAGAGGGGAGGCUGGAUGUCCCUGGGUGGAAUACUGCUCUGUGUUACAGGAUCUGAAGCGAUGUUCGCAGAUCUGGGGCAUUUCAACCAGUUGUCUAUACAGAUUGCUUUUACUUGCAUGGUUUACCCAUCAUUGAUCCUUGCAUACAUGGGCCAAGCUGCUUAUCUGUCUAAGCAUCAUAUCCUGGAAGGUGACUACAGGGUCGGAUUCUACGUGUCUGUGCCAGAGAUAAUUAGAUGGCCAGUUCUGGCAAUCGCCAUUCUCGCGGCAGUUGUGGGCAGCCAAGCUGUUAUCACCGGCACAUUUUCGAUGAUCAAGCAGUGCACAUCCCUGGGCUGCUUCCCACGGGUGAAGAUCGUGCACACCUCUGCCCAAGUACAUGGGCAGAUAUACAUUCCAGAGAUCAACUGGAUCCUGAUGAUACUGUGCUUAGCAGUAACCAUUGGUUUCAGAGACACGAAACACUUGGGCAAUGCAUCAGGGUUGGCUGUAAUAACCGUCAUGCUGGUCACCACAUGUCUGAUGUCCCUGGUGAUAGUCCUGUGCUGGCACAAGAGCAUAUUCCUGGCAAUCGGGUUCAUCGUGUUCUUCGGCACCAUUGAGGCGCUGUACUUCUCGGCUGCGCUCAUCAAGUUCAAGGAAGGAGCCUGGGUCCCCAUCGUCCUCGCCUUCGUCUUCAUGAUGGUAAUGUGCAUUUGGCACUACGGCACCAUCAAGAAGUACGAGUUUGAUGUUCAGAACAAGGUCUCCAUCAACUGGCUCCUUGGCCUCAGCCCGAACCUCGGCAUCAUCCGUGUCCGUGGCAUCGGCCUCAUACACACUGAGCUCGACAGCGGCAUCCCUGCGAUCUUUUCCCAUUUUGUCACCAAUCUGCCUGCAUUCCAUCAGGUGCUCAUCUUCAUGUGCAUCAAGAACGUCCCGAUCCCGCACGUCUCGCCGAACGAGCGGUUCCUGGUGGGAAGGAUCGGGCCGAAGGAGUACAGAAUCUACCGGUGCAUCGUCCGGUACGGGUACCACGACGUGCAGAUGGACGACCAGGAGUUCGAGAAGGACCUCGUGUGCAGCGUCGCCGAGUUCAUCCGGUCAGGGGGCGGCGCCUCCAAGGCGAACGGCCUGACGCCGGACGUCGCCGACAGGGACGAGGAGCGGAUGACAGUCGUGGCCUCUGGCAGGAUGCGCAUGCUGGAGGAGGAGGGCCUCGGCGGCGCGUCGGCAUCGGGGAGCACCGUCGGGCCCUCGCGCGCCCCCAGGGGGGAGAGGGAGAUACGGUCGCCGUCGCCAACGCCAACGCCAACGCCAACGCCUACGCCGGCGAUGGGCGUCCGGAAGAGGGUGAGGUUCGUGCUGCCGGCGUCGACCCCGCGGCCGAACGCCGGUGUGGAGGAGGAGCUGCGGGAGCUGACGGAUGCGCGGGAGGCCGGCAUGGCCUUCAUCCUGGGUCACUGCUACGUCAAGGCCAAGACCGGGUCCAGCUUCCUCCGGCGGCUGGUGAUCAACUUCGGCUACGACUUCCUGCGGAGGAAUAGCCGGGGCCCCAGCUACGCCGUCACCGUCCCGCACGCCUCCACCCUCGAGGUCGGCAUGAUAUACUAUGUCUGAGCUGAUGGAGCUCCGGAGGCUAUAGGAUGAAGAUAAAGCUAGAAGGAAAUGGGAAAUGAGACGAAUUUUCAGCUGUAUAUGCUAGUAGAUCUGGACAUGUAUGAGUUUUUGGUGUACAUGUAUGUAGCCUUGUUUUUUCUUGGGCCUCUUCCUUCUUCAACCUGUAAGUAGUAGCACAAAGACGGGCGCCAUUAGAGAGGAUGAGAGGGUCAGGGAAGUUGUACUGCGGAUUGAAAAGACCGAGCAGAAAUCCAGAAGCUGUGAUUUCCGUAGGCCA